AUUUAUACCAGGAAGUGGGCUCAGUCCGCGCAAACCACUGCGUAUCAUACGCUGAAGCGCAGCUUGUUGCAACCCGACGACAACAUGCUUGACGUUGGAGCAGCCUAGCUGUCUUUGCAGUUCGUUGGUGACUACGAAGCAAGAAAGAGGGCAGCCUAUAAAUUAUAAGAUCAGUCUCCUAAAUCUACCAUGAGAAAAUUGCGUUCUCUUAACAGUUUUAAUUCAGACAUUGAUGUACUUGUACAGUGGGACAAGGAUAAGUCAAAAAAUGUGGUCUCAGCCAAAGACUUGAUUUCGCUGUCAAAACUGAAAAAAGGAUCAAAGGUGUCAAUGCUAUGGGGAAAGGAGAAAUGGAACGGCAUAAUAAUAGAAAUUGAAUCGGAAUCCAGUUCAUCAGGCUCUGAACCUGACGACGUCCCCAUUGCAACAUACUGUAACACACAUGAAGUUUUAUUUGAUCUACUACAGGAAGCCGUAACAGUCCACACAGAGCUAUAAAAAAAGACCUUCAAACGAGCACCGUCCAGCAUCCUGUGAUAAUUUCACUUGUAGGAAAGAGGUUUGGGCAGCAUGUCCAACUUGCUUAUGCUUCCUCUGUUAUGAUCAUUUUACAUUAUCAGAUAAAUGUAAUAACCACAAUUCAAAUUUUUCACAACUUCCAAUACACCAAAAUUCCCUACUGCCAAUGAAGAAGAAACAGAGGUAUCACUGACUAUUCCUUCUGAUGUAUGCUGUGAUGAAGUGAUGUUCCCAGCACCUUCAAGUCAACCACCUACCCCAGAGGCCAAUUUUUCAUUUAUACCAACUAUACCUUUAAUUCAUGAUGUUAAUGAAGUAGAUGGGGAAAUGAUGUCUUUGCUUCUGUCAACUGGGCCUAUUCCUCCACUAUUUUCUGAGACUGAAGAAGUAACAUACCCAGUUCUCUCAACCGCACCCUUAAACGCUGAGCCAUGUGAAGCAAAUGAACCUCCUUCCAUAGCCGCAACAAUGCCAGAAGCAUGUGAGAAUCGUAAUGUAGGUAGACUGGCUGCUGAUUAUGUAGUUGAUGGAGAGCCUAGGCAGUUUUCCCCACAGAAGAUUACAGAAAUUAAAAGUAGAAAUGCUUUGGUCAAGAAAAAAAGGAAUCUGGGGGAAGCAUAUACCACAGAAAAAACAAACAAACUGAUGCCUGCAAAAAGAGGUGCAAUGGAAAACAGUAAGUGAACUUACUGUGAAUUUAAAGAGCUUGACUGUAAGAAAUUAACAGAAGCAAAACGUUUGGAUUUUAUCUCGGACGGAUGCAUUGGCCAGAACAAAAAUUCUGUUAUCCCAGCGAUGAUGAUGUAUUUCAUUGAAUCCUCAAAAUCUAUCCAAGAGAUUACCCUCAAUUUCUUCAAAACUAACCAUGGUCAGUUUGAAGGAGACUCAGUUCAUAGUACCAUAGAAAGAGCAAUCAACCAAGUGUCGGAAAUUGCUUUACCAUUUCAGGUUGUGAGUAUCAUCAACAUGGCUAGAAAACGUCCAAAGCCAUAUACUGUAAUUCCUACAAAAUCAGCCGAUAUAAAAGAUUGGAAGACAUUAAGCCAAAAGAAAGGAAUACUUAGAGUGCGUUAUGCUGAGUCCAGUAAAAACAUUGACUGGACUAAGUUUAUGCAAGUUCAGGUAAAAAAGAAUGAACCACAAAGAGUAAGAUUUAAGUACUUACACCUAGACAAGGAAUACGAAGUAAUCAACCUUUCUAAUAGCAUGCGUCGACAGUCAGAAAGUUCUGAUGUUGAAAGUCCCCAAAAUCUGUACAAGGCAGGUUACCCAAGAUUGUCAGAAGCGAAGUAUCAGGACUUACAAAGUUUCUGUUCUGGACCCACUCCAGUCCUUUCACAUCCAGAAUACCAAACCUUUUAUAGGCAGCUUAAUCAUUGAAAUUAUUGAUAACAAAUAAGAAUAACAUAAAACCUCGAAUUGAAGAACAAACUAAUAACACAUUGAGACUGAAGUAAAAUGUCAAAUGAGGUUUUUAUUUAGAAAAACUAGAAAAACCAACCAAUCUAUCUGCAAUGUGUAGUAGCUGUGAAUAUAUAAUACUGUACCUCCAUUAUAAAGUAGAGUAAUAUACUGCUGUAUAAUAAUAAUUUUCUAUGUUUGAACCAUGUGUUUUUACACACUAUUCAAACAUAGAAUAUUAUUAUUAUACAGCAGUAUACAUAAGAACAAUUUGAGCCUGAAAUUGGCCAAAAAAUAACAUUGAGCCUAGGCAAAAUUGUACUGGUUCUUAUA